UCAAUAAAAAAGUUUUGAAAAUGGAGCGGUGAAUACCACCAAAAACACAGCAAAGUCGGUCAAAGCAUGAAUGGCGAAAUUGUAAAACCAAGUCCAAACGCAGAAUAAAGCAAGAAUGGGCAAAUCAAAGAGAGGAACGAGAGAAGGAAAUGAUAGGAGAAAAGGAAGGAAAGGGUCAUUGUCUGCCAUAGCUGGAAGACAUCAGAUCAGGUGGGAAACGAGCAAAACAGCCCAGACGGAAAAAGAAGAUAGCUGGCUUUUCCACGUGAAAAUUAUGAGCUGUAGCUGCUUUGGUGCUUCUAGUACAAAGAGGAAAGGCAGUGCUGGUCAGGAUCACCAUGAUAUAGAUGAAAUUUUGCUGGAGACUACAAAACAUUUCUCCUUUAAUGAAUUGAGAUCGGCAACAGAUAACUUUCACACAAGAAAUAAAAUAGGGCGUGGAGGCUUUGGAACUGUUUACAAGGGAAUCCUAAAAAAUGGAGUAGAAGUUGCUGUGAAGACACUUUCUGCUCAAUCAAAGCAAGGAGCACGUGAAUUUUUAACCGAGAUAAAGACUAUAGCAAAUGUCAGACAUCCCAAUCUCGUUGAGUUGAUUGGAUGUUGUGUCCAAGGAGCUAAUAGGAUUUUGGUCUAUGAAUAUCUCGAAAAUAACAGUCUUGAUCAUGCACUAUUGGGUUCAAGGAGUGAAAAUACCAAACUGGAUUGGAGAAAAAGAUCUGGGAUUUGCAUGGGUACUGCUAGAAGUCUUGCUUAUCUUCAUGAAGAACUUGUUCCUCAUAUUGUGCAUAGAGACAUUAAAGCUAGUAAUAUACUUCUUGAUAAAGACUUCAACCCAAAAAUUGGAGACUUUGGGUUGGCUAAACUUUUUCCGGAUGAUAUUACGCACAUUAGCACCAGAAUCGCUGGAACAACUGGUUAUUUGGCCCCAGAAUAUGCAUUGGGUGGGCAGUUAACCAUAAAGGCUGAUGUAUACAGUUUUGGUGUUCUCAUACUUGAAAUUGUUAGUGGUAGAAGCAGUGCCAAGGAAAACUGGGGAGGCACACAGCAAAAGCUUCUCCUGGAAUGGGCUUGGCAGCUACAUGAAGAAGGGAGACUUUUGGAGCUGGUUGAUCAGGAAAUGGGUGAAUAUCCUGAGGAAGAAGUCAUUAGAUACAUGAAGACUGCAUUUUUCUGCACCCAAGCAGCAGCAAACCGAAGGCCGAUGAUGAGCCAAGUUGUUGACAUGCUUUCGAGAAACAUCAGGCUUAAUGAGAAGCAACUUACAGCACCUGGUUUAUUUCAAGAUUCAAGGCGUGAACCUUCUCUAAAGAAGUCAACUGAUGAUACUACUAGUACUAGCCAUCAAAUGAGUUCUGUCCCUGUCACUAUAACUCAAGUGACCCCUCGAUGAGCUACAGGGAUUUUUUCCUUAUGAGCUGCAUGGUGCGUGGAAAUUAUUUGCUAGAGUAGGAAGGAAAUAUUUCAACAGCUUACAUGGUUUCUGUUUGAUUUGACUUGCUCUUUUACGAUGGUAAUUGCCCUUUUGGCCGAUGAACAGAAAAAGAAAGUUGCCCCUUUGCGUCGGAGAGUAUUAGUUCAAGCAGUAUGUAUUUCAGGUGGCGAAAAAUGUUAUAUUUUUAUUUGUAUGAUAGCAAUUUUCCUAUUCAAUAUCAUUGUUACAUUUUUGUUGA